AAGGGACCGCCGCUUCUCUCAGUCCAUCCCCGUCUCAGUCGAGAGGUCUCAGGUGAAUUUUUCUCUCAGAGCGCUAAUCCAACGGGGACCAACCGAGCACCUCAAACUCGUCAUAUCUGCUUCUGCUUCAAAAGGCCCCAUCACGUUCUUUUCGCCGCCCUCGAGGGCCUUCCCGUCACCAUGCUUCUCCCCAGAGAAUCCGCAAAACCAACCAUGCUGGGCUCCGAAUUUGGCACCACGCCAGACACCAAGCCAGAGGUCCGCCUCAAUGCCGUCGGCAUCUGGUGGAUCGUCUUCGGCGCCGUCUGGACCGCCCUUUUAGCCUGCGGGAUGGGAUAUCUCUACACCAAGCGCAAAUCACCAACCGUUCGUAUCCGUGGUCUCCCCCUCACAUUUGCCGGCCUCAUUCUGCUUCAUCUCUACUGGAUCACGGUUCAGAUCGGGUAUGCCAUUGGACCUCUUGCCCCCGAGAUGGCCCAGUUUUGGAUCAUGAGCAUCUGGUAUCCCUUUGGCAUCGCUCUCUUCCAAGCCGGCAACAGCCAGUUCCUCCAUGUUGCCAAAGCCCAGAGCAGAUUCGCCCGACCACCCAGCCAGAUGAGCAGCCGCUUUGACGAGAAGAAGCAGCAGCCCAAGACGCUAUCGAGAUGGCAAAAGAUCAAGGCUAUGGAAUACCAGACGAAAAUGGCAACCUUGGUCACAGUGGGCGUGUCGUGCCAGUUCUUGGUCGUCAUGAUCAUCUUCCUCAUCUCCCGCAAGUUCCACUCCGAUUUUGGCAUUCCCGGCACCGAGGUGUACGGGUCUACACCGGGCGAGAUUGCCAUGAAGCAGGGUCGUGGUUGGGAGUGGUGGCCGUCUCUAUUUUGGCAGUUUCUGUGGGCUUGGGUGUUUGCCCCUAUUAUUCUCUGGCGAUCACGCAAGAUCCGUGACACCCACGGCUGGCAACUGCAGACCAUCGCCUGCUGUCUUGCAGGACUUCACGCAGCGCCCAUGUGGCUUGUUGCCCUCUAUGUUCCCGAGAUGGCGCCCGUCAACAUGUACUUUAUUCCACCCCAAUGGAUUGCUGUUUCCAUCUUCAUUAUGGAAAUCUUUACUGUGUUUGUUCCCUGCUAUCAGGUUCACAAGGAUGAGGCUUUGGCCAAGGAGACCUGGAGCAUCAUCAAGAAGUGGGAGACCAAGGGCAAGUUCGGCUCCGACAAGAGCGUGUCCACCGCCGACUCUACUGUUCCCGGCACCCCUCUGUCCCCCACGUCAACCAAGGUCGGUCGCGAGUCAUCUCUCAACUUUGGCGACCCGUGGAAACAAUCGUCCGUGAUGGAGAGCGGUGGCGGUGACUUGGCCAUCAACUCGAUUCCUGAUGACCGCAUCUUGACCAUGGAUGCCCUGGUUCAUGUUCUCUCCAAAAACCCUGAGCCUCUCCGGCAGUUCUCUGCUCGCCGCGACUUUUCUGGCGAAAACAUUGCUUUCUUGACUGCUGUCUCGGAGUGGAAGGCCUCGCUGCACCCUGCUUUCACCAGCAACCGUUUUGAGGCCCCAGACGACGUGGUCCGACAGGCAUACACCAAGGCUCUCAAGAUUUACUACGAGUUCGUCUCGCCUCAGGACGCCGAAUUUCCCCUCAACCUGGCCUUUGAGCAAUCCCGGCAGCUGGGUGGUCUGUUUGACCGUGCCAUCCGCGACCUGCUCGGCGACAGCCGCGCCAACGUCGAUCCUGUUACCCCCUUCAUGUCUGCCGGCGUGCACGACUGGCGGAUGCCAGAAUCGAGGGGAUCCGAGUCAGGCAUCAUGGUCUCUGUCCACGUCGAGACGGACAAGAUGCCUGCCGUUCCUGGUAUCGCGAUCGUCCCCAGUUCCGACGGCAAGGGAGAGGAAGAGGGGAUCGCCUUGUCGGUCUCUACCAACAGCAUGAUGAACACAUUCCAGGAUUUCUAUCAGGGUGACAUCCCCGAGCUGUUCAACGCGUCGGUGUUUGACGCGGCCGAGAAGAGCAUUAAGGAGCUGGUCCUGACAAACACGUGGCCCAAAUAUGUCCGGGAGCGGAGGAACUCGGAGUCGUCGUCGGCGUCGGGGACCUCGUCGUCCAACAACACUUCUGACACGGACGGGACGCUCAAGUCCAAGAAGAGUUCCAGUUCGAGUUUGUGGAGGUUUUUCCACAAGGGGUGA